AUGAGUAGAGAUUUCCUCGAGAGCAACUGCGAGAAUGCGAGCCUGCUCGCUUCUACCAUAAGUGUUAUCAUGUGGGCUCACACCAUUAUGUUUGAACGUGGAAUAGCUGACAUCGCUUUUCCAGAGGUUCUUUACGACAGAAGGUUUGCCACACUUGAAGAUGGAACUCUAGUCUUAGUGCCAGUAACAGCUAUGACAGGAGAUGUUGUUUGUUGGCUCCGUCCCGAUCUAACCACUCCCUUUGUUCUUCGGGAAAAAGCUGAGCUACCUGCAGUUUCGGAAAACACGAUUAAAGAUUCUGAUCGCCCAAUUUUGAGAGAUUCUGAGCCUGCGUAUUCCAAAUAUACCUUUGUCGGUGAAUGUCACAUUGACACUCCGAUCUAUAGCCCCGUUCAGAAAUCAACCUUAUCACCUCCCCCAAAACCUCGUUCAACACAAGGCGAUCAUUUCGGAAGGAACCCUGGUUUUAGCAACCACCAUAGGCUUGAGACGUUUCUCAUAAGCUAA